GUCGUUCGGAAGUUGUGUCUCAAUAGUUAUACGACUCAUUGUCUUGGUGAUUAGUCGACGCUCACUUGCCCCUCCCACCUGGGCACAUGCGUCGAUGUCGCCAUCGCGAUGGUGCAAUCCAUUUGUCAUCACCCGGACAUCAACCACACCCGUGCCGAACAUUAGAGAGCCCAAAAGUCCAUCCCUGGCAACAUGAAGGUUGAGACUUCAUCUUGUCUGUGUCUGUUCGAGCGAGUCCUGGCCGCAGCAGACUUAUGAAAGAACCUUGGAAAGAAUUCAGAAAUGUCCACGUCAAAGAAACUACACCUCACCGCAUUUAUGCGACCCGUGAGUCUCCAUACCGGAGCUUGGCGGUAUCCGGGCUCGUUCCCUGAUGCCAACUUCAGCCUGGCGCAUUUGAAGUCAUUUAUCACAAAGCUCGAGGCUGCAAAGUUCGAUGCAUUCUUCAUGGCUGACCAUCUUGCCGUGUUGAACAUGCCUGUUGAGGCUCUCAAGCGCAGCCAUACUGUGACGUCUUUCGAGCCUUUCACGCUGCUAUCUGCUCUGUCGGUUGUGACAGAGAAGAUUGGACUGGCGGCGACUGCAUCGACGACAUACGACGAGCCAUACCACAUCGCUCGCCGUUUCGCCUCUCUAGACCACCUCAGCAACGGUCGAGCAGCCUGGAAUAUCGUCACGACCGGCAACCUAGAGUCGUCCAAGAACUUUGGCCAGGACGAGCACAUGCAGCAUGGCGACCGGUACAAGCGAGCCAGAGAGUUCUACGACGUCGUUACGGGGCUUUGGGACAGCUUCGCUGACGACGCCUUCAUUCGCGACCAGGAAAGCGGCAUCUACGUCGACCCGGACAAGAUACACACGUUAAACCACAAGGGAGACGAAUUGAGCGUUCGUGGCCCGCUGAACAUCGCCCGCCCAAUCCAAGGCUGGCCUGUGAUCGUCCAGGCCGGCCAGAGUGACCCCGGUAGACAGCUCGCAGGGGAGACAGCGGAGCUUGUCUUCUGUUCCCCACGAGACUUGGAGUCCGGCAAGAUCCUGUACGCGGACAUCAAAGGCCGUGCGGUAGCAGCUGGCAGGAAUCCUGAGCACCUCAAGAUUCUCCCCGCAGCUAUGAUCAUUGUCGGCGACUCGCUCGAGGAUGCCAGGGCAAAGCGGCUCAAGCUGGAUAGCCUGGUGCACUAUGAUAGCGCCAUAGCAUCCCUGUCCGUUAUGCUGGGGACCGAUGCAUCUGGUUUCGACCCAGAUGGGCCUCUGCCGGAAGAUCUGCCCGAGACAAACGCGAGCAAGACGGCUCGGGAGGGCGCAGUCAAGCUCGCAAAAGACGAGGGACUGACGGUCAAGCAGCUGGCACAGCGGUUUGGCGGGUAUGCGGGUCUGUCGUUCGUGGGGACCCCAGAGAGCAUUGCCGAUGAGAUGGGCCGAUGGCUGGCUGAGGAUGGGUCUGAUGGAUUUACUGUGACUUUUCCUUUCCUUCCGCAAGGUCUUGAUGAUGUCGUCGAGCGGCUGGUUCCGGAACUUCAACGUCGGGGCAUAUUCCGUCAGGAUUAUGAAGGGACGACGCUACGCGAACAUCUGGGCCUACCACGGCCAAAGAAUCAGUUCUUUGAGAAAUCUUAGAAUCCAAGGUCAAAUGUGUGGAGCCCGAGCUCACGGACCAGGAGUCCGGGCAGUUCAGAAGUGCCUGGGUUGGGAGUUUGGAGGGGAUUUAUUAAAGUCGAUGUGACGAAAUAUGCAUGGGCCACAUUGAUACUGGGGUUAAUAAAUGCAAAAGACCUCUGCGUAGGUCCAGAACUACGGGGUUUGAUUAGGGUUGGGUGAUAUAGAAAGAGAAUCUCCCGCUACUGUUUCACUGAAAUGAAACAUCAGGUUGGCCAAUUCUAA